CUUCUUUCGUGAAAAUGCCAGUGGAAUAUCACGUGACCAUUCAGCUGUCAGAUGAGACUGGGGCAGACACGAUCAACCGGGUCUAUGUGACCCUGGUGGGAGAAAAGGGGGAGAGUGAAAGCCAGUAUAUCAACGAGGGCAUGUCAUUCUUCUCGAAAACUGAGUACAGUGGUGCCAUAUCCUGCCCUAACGACCUUGGGAAAAUUUUGCUGAUUAAGCUUGAUAUAAGGUCUAUGAUCUUCAAUGAUGUGUGGUAUCCUACUUUAGCGGUGGUGGAAUCUCCCAUCGGAAAUAAGUUCCGCAUUCCCAUCUACCAGUGGAUCACUGAGGAUAAAGAGCUUUCCUUCAGAGAAGGAACAGCUGCUUUGUGGUCUCAGGACAGUGAGGAACUCAGAAAGAUUCGGGACCAGGAGAUUGAGAAGCGAAGGAAAAUCUACUGCUGGGGUCAAGAUGAGGAAGGAAUUCCUUACGGGAUGAAGGCUGAUGGCCCCCUUUCGCUGCCUUAUGAUGACCAAUUCUCCCCGGGCAGGAAUAUAGAAGCAAUAGUCACACUAAGCAAAGCAAUAACAGAGCUGAAACUGAAAAAAUGGGCCUUGUGCAAGGAUGAGUGGACUUCUAUCAGAGAUAUCGGAUCCCUGCAUGAGCAGAACUUGACUCCUGUUUCUGAUUAUGUCUAUGACCACUGGACGGAUGAUGACUUCUUUGGCUACCAGUUUCUAAAUGGUAUCAACCCCAGGCUGAUCCAACGUUGUAAAGUCUUGCCUGAAAACUUUCCUGUGGACAGCGGUGUGGUGCUCCAGGAGGAGAUGGAUAAGGGACACAUUUUCCUGUGUGACUACAAGAUUUUGGACGGAGUGGAAACAAACACCAUCAAUGAGAAGAAGCAGUACUUGGCGGCUCCUCUUGUUCUGCUCCGCUUAGUUGAUAAAAAAAUGAAGCCCAUCGCCAUUCAGCUUCUCAUUCAACACUUUCGCUACACUUUGUUCAUCAACAAUUCAGCUCGACAGUCUCUCACAUCUAAAGAUGGAGCCUUCACCAAGUUUGCAGCUUCUGGUGGAGAAGGCAUGUGGACCAUCUUGAGGAAAUCCCUCGAAACACUGACGUACAAGUCCCUCUGCAUAAAAGAUGAUAUCAAGUAUCGUGGGCUGGAGGCUGUGCCAAACUUCUACUACAAGGAGGAUGGAGAGAAGCUCUGGGACAUCAUCCACAGGUUUGUGGAGGGAAUGCUCGGCCGCUACUACAAAAAUCACGAUCAGGUCAAGAAAGACCGUGAAGUGCAGAACUGGAUUUCGGACAUCUUCAAACAUGGAUUCCUUUCUGCUAAAAAUAAUGGAAUUCCAGACAAAUUUGAGAGCCUGCCUGAUUUGGUCAAGUUCGUUACCAUGGUGAUGUACACUUGCUCUGCUGAGCAUUCAGCUGUGAACACUGGACAGUAUGACUACUACGGCUGGAUGCCCAACGGCCCCAGCAGCCUGCAGCUGCCGCCACCAACCAAAAAGGGGGAAGUGACUGAAAAAACAAUUCUGGCCACAUUACCCAACAUGGAAACAACAGUUAAUGCCAUGGCUACUGUUUGGCUGCUCAGCAAGACAUUCAGUGAUGCGCUCCAUCUUGGUGACUACCCGCAGAAACAAUUCACCGAAGAAUGUUCCCGAGUGAAGAUAAGAGCCUUCCAACGAGAGCUUAAGAAGUUAAGCAUAGAAAUCAAUGACAGAAACAAGAAGAUGGAGCUACCAUACACAUACCUGGACCCAUUUGUGAUGGAAAACAGCGUGAGUGUUUGAAUCUCAGCGUCCGCUGGUGGAGGGAAAAUGCUUUUUAUGAUCUUUGAAUGCUGAUCAGGCAAUUCUACAUAGAAGUGCAUUAAUGCAGCUGUGUAAAAGUGAUUUAAUCGCAUCAUAUUCUCACAGUUCUGAACAAAACAUAAUCAAAUUUGAAGCAGAUCUUUUUGAUUAGCAGCUGCUUCAAGGGUGUUUUCAGUUGGAAUGUUUUGUUUCAUUAAAGAUUUAUUGCCUUUUUUUCCCUAAUCAACGACAACAUGUCACAUCUUUGUUACUUUACUUUGAUCAAG